AUGAUCAUCAAGCCGAUCGAAGCACUUCAAUCGCUCAAGAAAUAUCUAGAAAAUGCGACCAAGAAGAGCUCUACUAGCAAGCUUGGUUACUCCGAAACAACUCUCAGAAGAACUGGAAGCAGAAGAUGCUCGAGAAGCAAUUCCAUCGCUCAGAGCUUUUCCGCAGGGACAAUCAAACGCUCACGACUGAACAGAAAGUCUCACCGAGAAUCGGUUCGAUACACAGUGAUCCAGGCAGAAUCAGAAUCCGAGGAGGAGAACAUCAUGGAAAAUAACCACGUCCGCGUCGUUGAAGCCUUCGACGAAAUAGUCUCGGAACUCGAAAGUGUCUCGCUCGUCGCCAAGUGCCGUUCCCUCAUUCGCCCGUCUUCGAUAAAGAGUCAAAGGCCUCAAUCUGCGUAUGUUCCGAAAGGAUUCGGCUCGACCUCGUCUUCGGGCGUGUCGAGUCCGGACAUGGCCGACCGCGAUUCAGGUUACCAAAGCUCGAUUUUCGACGAUGGAGAAGAUUCAUCAGCUCAAUGCACAGAAAAAAUAUUCAAAAUCGUCGAUUUCUGGUCCAAAUCAUUUCCGGGCGAUCUCCAGAUUCCCGAAACUCUCCACAUCCUCAUGGGCAUUCUCGAACAUCUCCGCUCGCAAGAAAUUAUUUCUCUUCAACAAUCCUCAGACAUCGUCCUUCGCGUGCACCGACAUUCUGCACUGCUUUGUAAUCGGCUUGUAGCGCCGCGAUUUCAGCCUGAAGUCGCCAAGAAAAAUCUCAGGCUGAAACCGUUCGUGAAAAACUACUCCGUUGAUGUCCUGGCAGAGUAUUUAACUUGCAAAGAAUUGCAAUUUCUUCGACAAACUUGUCAAGAAGAUUUUUUAACGUUUGGAAAACGGCGGAAGAACUCGCUUGACUUGUGGGCGGAGUGGUUCAACGAACUCUCCCAACAAGCUGCUGCUCAAGUUUGCCUCGUAACUGGUUAUGCCAUGAAAAAGGUGCGCAGCCAGCGUUUGCGCGUGCUCAAACACAUCACGGAUCCGAGCUUCAAUUUCAAAAACUAUCGCAUCAUCUCAAAACAUCAAUCGAAGUCGCUCCCGUGCGAAAUCCCCUUCGUCUCUUUGUUGGUGAAAGACGCCUGCUUUCAGGCGGAGGAAAUCCGCAAACUUGGUCAGGAAGCGCCACUUCCCACUGAAAAGCUCUUCCACGCCUUUUCACAGACUGCACUGCCACUGUCCAAAUUGUACGAAAGACAACAAAACCCGCCAUCUCAAAAGCUAAACGCAACGCUUGACGCAGAAUUCCGGCUGUGUGACUUUUCAAAGUCCGACGAUUUCCUGUUUAUGGGCAGUUUCAAGCUGGAAUCGCCCGCCAAUGCCUUCGAGAAGAGUCUUUACAAGCAGACGAAGCAAAAGAUCAAAAACGCUUUUUAA